UUGCGGUUGGAGCGUCGUGUCGUGGUGAACCUUCGUCUGCGUCGUCGUUGUAACACGUUGAUUAUCGGUUGAAGGGUUUUUGCGGUUUUUGUUCCAGAAUUGGGGUUACAGUGAGUGUGAUUUGAAGGACUAUGGAGUGAAGAUUUGGCAAAUAAGGACUGUUAUACUGUGGCCAGUGGUGAAGUUCGGUGAUACUCCAAUGGGUAGAGAUGAACAGCGCAAUUCCGUCAUCAUGCAUGGAUCGAUACAUCAAUCGAUAUAUAGGGCCACCGCAUCCGGUUCAGCAGCCGCAGCAGCAGCAACAUCCGCAUCAGCAGCAGUUGCUUAGCCAGAACGGGUUCUACCCGCAUCAGCAACUCUUGCAGCAACAGCAGCAGCAACAACAACAACAACAACAUCAGCAACAGGUCGUCCAGCAGCAGCAUCAACAGUUGUCCCAGGGACAUGGACCUCCGCCGCACAAUUUCAUGGUCGGAUGUUACAACAACGCGAGCGGUUGGACGGGAGUCCCGUUGAUAUCGACCGCAGCGCGUAGACCUCGGAAGUUUCCGCCGGUCAUCAACGGCGGCGGCCAGCAGAAUGGUCACUACCAACCGAACAGCAAGCUGGACUUUGACGAAAAUGCCAUGUCCAGGCUGGCGCUGCAUGCCCACGGGGCCCCGCUGAUCCUGGCCAACAAUCGGUACAACCGAUCCAACAGCAAACCCGGUCCCAACAAACCCAACAAAGUGCCUUCGAAUCACGCGCCAAGUCGCGAUGAUCACCUGCAGCACCAUCUGAAGAUGGUCCAAGCGAUGGGACAGCAACAACAACAGCAGCAACACCAACAGUUGUCCCACCCCAACGAUGCCCACUCGGUGGCCAGUGACGAGAGCGGUCCCAACUCGGGAACCACCAACUCCUCGGCGUCCUCAUCGUCCUCCUCGGACACCUGUCUGCCGCGGAUCAUCAAACCGCGCAAACGAAGAAAGAAGGACCGGAAACCCGCGCCACAAACCGGAUCUACCCCGUCUUCAGAACCAACCCAGACUUCGACGAACUCGUCGACCCCCCAGCAUGCAGCCGUGAACCAGCUUCUGCUGGACGAAACCACGCGUGACUUCCUGCACGAGAUCGCCCUUAUGGCGAACGCCGGAACGUUCGACUUUUCCGGACUCAUCCGCGAGCAGCAGCAGCAGCAACAGCAACACCAACAACCCGUUCAAGCCCAGCAACCCCCUCAACAGCAACACUUCAGCAGCAGCAACAGCGACUCGAGCGACUCGGGUAUCAACAACCUGGCCUGCUCGUGCCGAUUGUGCGAUCCGUUCUGCAAGAUCUGGGCGUUCCCGCUGCGGCGGUCCUGCUCGGACAACAGCGCCGAAAUCGAGCUGAACCGGGCCAAGGACGUGGGCGUGAUCGGCAGCAACCGGAGCAACUCGUUCCGUAGCGAGUGGCGCAGCUCGCCGCACUCGUUGGAGCAGCAGCAGCAGGAUCUUGGCGGUUCCGGAAGUCGGAAAGGCAGCUUCAGCGAUUCCGGCGAUUCCGGCUGUGACCUGCUGAGCGGGUUGACGUUCUGCUCCGAGGACAUCCUGAGCAGCGUCAAUCGGGAGCUGUUCCUGACGCCGGUUGACGGCGGCAAGGAGUUCAAGUUCCCGAUGACCGGAGGAGGAGGUGGUGGUGGUGGUGGUGGCGGUCCCAACAGUAUUAGUGGCAGUGGAAGUCCCAGCAGUAGUGUAACGGCUGCCAGCGAUGGCGCUAGUGAGAUGUUACUGAUCAGUGAGCUAACGAAGAAGCUGAACGAAGGGCUGGACCUAAGGUCCAGCGGGGGAGGCUCGUCCGACAGUGGUUCGUCGGUGUUCUCCGACAGUGUGUUUGGGGAAGGUUCGUCCCCGCCGGGGACGGCCAACGCGGGGUCCGCGGAUCUGUUUGUGAAUUUCGACGCGAUUUCGCGAAACAACCUGUUCAGUGUGAAUAACAUCAGCAAAUUGAGCAAUCUGCUGUUCGAUGACGGCCUAACGGCACCCGGUCUAGUGAUAAAUAGUGGCCAACAUCUUAAUCAUAAUAAUAAUGUGCUCGUCGGCGGCGCUAACGGGACCGCCGCCACUGGUGUGAAUUACAUCCGGAACAAGAACGUCCAAAAUCCGCCACCGCCGACCUCCUCGGCGACACCAGCGACGACCCAGCAGCGUCCCCUGUUCAGCGAGCAUCAACCGUUCGUCUUCGUGCCGGACGCGGAUCAGCAGCAGCAGCAGCUCAACUGCUUCGAUAUGGUUUGGAGUAACGAUCGUAAACUACUUCCGGUCGAGGAAUAGAGGGGAGACCCUAGAGAACAAGUGCUUCAUCUCGUUAGGUUAGGCACAGGAACAGAGUUAGGCUCGCGAACUACGCUCGCGCAGACAAAUUAAAUUUAGAGAUCCUCUCUUCCCUGCUUUCCUGAAGAUCCCCGCUGGGUCGUGCCCUGCGGUAGCACCGCGAGAGAGAGACGAGCCGUAGCAAUCAGCAGAAUUAAUAAUCGACCUCUGUGUGUACGAAUCUUUCUUCCUUUGUUCUAUGCACGGAAAAAAUGUGUUCGGCAUAAUUGCGAAAAAUGCUGUCGAAAUCGUUAACAUUGUUUUCAGACCCUAAAGAAGACACUUUGCGAUGUAGAAACAAACUUUGAAUUUAAUUUUUAGUUUCGUUAGCACUCAUUUAUGGUUGCGCUGACAAGAUUUUUUUCCGUGUCGGUCCAUCCGUUUAUCUGGUUUUCAACAUGACUCGGAAAUUUGUUUAUGAAAAACUGUUCUAAAAUCUUUCAAAUGAUUAGAAUUUUAAGAAACCAACUAAAAAUUUAAUGUACAGUUUCGUUAGCACUUUCUUGCGAUUUCGCCGAACGGAUUUUUUCCGUGCCAGACCAUCCGUUUGCCUGUUUUUCAAGAUUUCUCGGGAAUUUGGCGCGUCGUGCGGCAUCUCUCUCUCUCUCGCGCGGCUCCUGGAACUCCCAGAAGCACUCCCAGAGCUCCCCCUAUUUCUACCCUUUCCUUCCCUACCACCUGUGUGUACAUAAAUGGAUCCAUAUUAGAACCCGUGGCCCAGUCCCAAUGACAGGUAGAGAAUAAGGUAUAGAGGUCACACGAAGCACACAUUUCCUUUUGGCUACCUUUUUACGUUUUUAUCUUUGCUCUCUCGGCUGGUUGGUUAUUAGAUAUCUCCCUCCCUGUGUGUCUUAUCUUCUUCCUCUUCCCGUGACGUAGCCGUAGAAGGUUCUGCCGUCCCGUUCCCGUGUGAAUCUCCACUUUUUGGCGCUCAAUAAAAUUUGCGCCGUAAUGAGAGGUAAUGAGGUUACUUGCAAUUUGGACGUCCUCCUCCUCCACUUCCUCGAGGAGGAGGUCACCGAGGACGUCGCCGGCCAAUCCAGGUGUUGGAGCCGACGCCGCACCAAAUCCAAUAAAAUUAAGUGCAUUUCCUGCUUCGGUGCCACCGCUGCGCGAUAACUUCCAGAUAUUGCGUCCAGCGAGAGAUACCACCAAUUAAUGGCAGAAUCUAAUAGGUUAUCACCUGCUCGAAUUCGGAGAAAUUCAACGCUCGUUGAUAUGCAACGGGUCCCCAAGUUCUUAUGACCACGCGCGCUUCCCCGAUUUGAAUGUUAAUCGCGUUACGCGGUUGUAAACAACCUGCGGCACGCGGUCAGCGGAAUUUUCCAAGACCGGGAAAGGCCGAGCCGAGAAGUGGGCCGAUGUAACGCCCUUUGUGAAAGGGCGCUGAAGGUCUGGAGGUGAUAAGGGGUUUGUUUUGAAUGGAUUUUAGGGCCCCGUUGAAUGUGUUCAAAAGUCGGGAACCACCGGGCUCGAACUUGUCGAAAAACAACUGUUUAGCGAUUCAGGUCGUGUGGGAAGGGUAAUAUUUUUCGGUGGGUAGACAAAUGACCAAAUUGACGAUCGUGGACGGUUUGUCUGAAUGGCUGUCCUAUCUGUGGCAUCAGGGAGGGCUCGAAGUUGUAAAUUUUUUUUACGAGGGGUCUUGCAAUGCGUUUUUGGCGUUUUUAUCCCAGUGUAACGCUUUGUAACGGUAUUUGAUUUUUAGUGGUAGAGGUCAGGUUCAGUGCACUGAAGCUCUAGCGAUGAUCAGUUUUUGUUUUUAGCAAAUUCUAGGGUCUUGUUGAUCGUGUGUUCAAAAGUGGACAUCUUGUCGAGUCCCUUUAGUGAUUUCCAAAUCUUUAAGUUGUAACAUAAAAGCAAAACAAAACUGCCUCUAUUUUCCUUUAAAAAAAACUCGUUUCUGCAUCUGUUUUGAACGAUUUUGCAACAUGUAACGCUUUGUAACGCUUGUCCAAACCAGCCAUAGUGAUCCCCCUUAGCUCACUGAAGUUCCACCAGCGAUUAUUUUCCGUUUUCAUAACCUUCAAAGUCCCCGUUGAUCGGUUGUUCAAAUCGGCAGGCCCCUCGCGCUUCGCACGCGCCCUCGCCCACUUUGCAUUCAGGUCGUGCGCUCGCCUUUUUUCGGUACUUUUUCGGCAGAGCGAACCCAAAUUGUGACGAUCCCCCCGCGACCCAUUGUGGCGAACUGCGUGUGUGUUGCGAGUCGGCUAGACCUAGACUUAACCAGGUUUAUGACGGUCGAGUGAUUUAUUCUUCCAUUCAAGCCAAAUUGGACGGCGCGCUGCAGGUAGUACGCACUUCACAUACGCACGUAACCUGCAUGCAUGGAGUUCUGGCGUGGCGUUCAGUUUUGAGCAAACAAAAAAACAUGACGGGGCGUUGCGAAACCCGGCAGAGUUGUAGACCAGCAGCAUUGUUGCGGUUGAUUGUUUGUUUGGGAGGCCGUUACAGCUACUGUGUGUUCGCGGGCACCUCGACGCCGUCGCCGACAGUGGGAAGGUACUGUUAGACGGAUAUGCAACCGCAAUUGUUUGGCGGCCGCUUCUGUGUGCAACACGGCCGUGUUGUAGUCGCUGCGCUUGCGGUAAUCACUCGAGGGUCAGUGGGAACUCGGCGUAAACAGGUGGCAAUUUGAUACCCCGAGAGACAGCGAGAAACGGUUUUGCGCAACUCGAUCUCACGAAGAAACUUAACGCCCCCGGAGGUGUCACUUGCACGGGUCUCCCGGCAAAACCUUGUUCAAAAUCUUGGAAAUCAGAUCGUUCCGAUAGCUGCAGGCCACCUGACCGCGCGCGCUCACGGUCGUGAUAAAUGAGACUGACAUCUCAAGGUGAUCAUUUGGGUUGUUCUGGAUUCGGGGCGAAAGCAUCGGACCCCGAGAAAUAGAUGUGGCUAAUAACUAAGGCCCCGCGCUUUGGAAAUCGGAAAGCAAUCUAUCUUGUCCACCGCUCGGUCGGUGAGGUACCGCGAGAUCGCAAAGAUUGAUUACAUACCGCAGGCUAGGAAACAAAAAGUUGACGCUUUGUGUCUCUCCUUGCGUGUUCGUCGCCGCUGCUAACAUGUUCAAAUUUAAUUCCUAGCCCGAAAAAACUAGUUUGUCUCUGAUUUCGAGGCGCUUCGCGGCGAAAGCUGUCAUUAAUCCAGAGUCAUGUUACUAAUUUGUAGGUCGGCGGUGCCGACACCGACCAGGGUGCAUUUUUGGAGCACGGAGACCGUUUACCAGAACAUUUGGACCUGUUUCGGGGUCAAAUUGGGUAGUGUAACGUUUUGUAACGAUAUGUAACGCUUUGAUUUUUCAUGCCAAAAUGAUGGAUGAAGAUCGUUGAAACAAAUUUUGCUGAAAACAAAAUUAAUCAACGCGUUUGUGACAAUUAAGCGCUAAGUAACGCCUCACGUCAGGUUGCAGCUGAGUCCUUUCGAUCUUUGAACACCCUUGAAGCUUCAAACGGAUUUUAAAAUGAUUCCACUUGCAGACAUAUACUUUCUGACUCAUCUGAACUGGUUUUGUGACCACUCGAAGCCUUGUAACGCUUUGUAACGUUUUGUAACGCUUGCAUUUCAAGCGGUCAAAAUGUUGGAAAAAGUCUCGCGAUGAACUUCCAGCAACUCUCAGUACGAAUUGACUCGUCUACGACAGUCCAGCGGCGCAAAACGCCUCACGUCAGGUCGCAGCUGUUUCCUUUCGCGAUGUCCUUCACGCGUCAGAACGGGCACUAAUGGGGGCCCAUUUACGGGAACGCUACGUUUGGCUUGUGUGGGACCUGUCCGCAAUUAAGGCAUCUAUCGACAGCUUUAAUCGAUUCCGAUCCGCUCAAUUAGACCGGCAGACAGACGUCGUCGACGACAACAACGUGCUCGGAAUAUCCAGCGCCGGCGAAAGAGUAAUUAGAGUUGUGCGCUGCACGGUAGCGCGCGCAGCUCUAGAUCUUCAGCGAGAUGCUUAAUUGCCAACUCUGGCGCGUCGCACGAGACGAUGCUCCAGAUAGAUCGAACAUCCACGUGGUUUCAAUGUCAAGGUGAGAGUGCGAAUCUAUUGACGCUCCCCAGUUG